GUAUCGCCGGAAGGAGCUCACCAACAUGUGGUCCACCCUUUGCAAGGCCUACGAGCGAGGAAUGGACGCUUACGCGGAGCUCCUGCAUCGAAACCCAGCCCUGAAGCCAAUGCUGGAGUCCAUCGCAGCGCAGCUCAAGCGUGGUUCUGUGGUAGGCUACGACAAGGCUUUCAUUGCCAAGCACAAGAAGGAGCCAACCGGAGAGCAGGCCACUGGUGGCCGUGUCAAGCCAGUGGAUGCAGACCUCUUCAAGAGCAAAGCGGGCAGCACGCGCCAGGGGAUGGGCCAGACUUCGCAGGGCUUCGCGGAGGAGGCCGCCUCUCCUGGCGGCAAGCCUGGGCCGACGCCUUCGCCAGGUGCUACAGCAACGAUGGCCAUGUCCAUGAAGCAAAUGAACUUGACUGUCGGGGAGAAGACAGAGGAGUCAGACAUUCAGGUCACCGGCGAAUACCUGACCAACUAUCUCAAGGAGAUGGAUGGCGACGACUCGCAGUUCAAGGACAUCAAUGCCGCUGUGGUGCCUCUUUCCACGGGCACGAGUCCUCCGAGACUCCAGCCUGCAGAGUCCAUCCUCAAAGCCGAGGAUGCCAACAAUGCCACCAACGGCAACGGAGCCAGCGAGGCCGAGUUCAAGGCCAAGAUCCGCGAGUAUCUGGACCUGACCUUGCCGGAGUGUUUCAUCCCGGAGCUUGGGGAGCAGAAGCAGGGCAAGGUGCGCAGCAUCUACUUCUCCGGCGAGAAUGUCGUGAUGGUCACGAACGAUCGUGUCUCAGCCUUUGAUUACAUCUUGCCGAACUUAAUUCCUUUCAAGGGCCAAGUGCUGAACAUGAUCAGCGAGUGGGCCUUCAGCCAAACCAAGGACAUCAUCCCGAACGCACUGAUCGAAAACGUCGAUGCCAGCGUGGUAGUCCAGAAGAAGAUGAAGAACUUGAACGUGGAGCUUAUCGUCAGAGGCUACCUUUGGGGAAGCAUGGCAGCAGCCUAUGAGAAGGGAGACCGUACCUUCUGCGGCCUCAAGUUGCCGGACGGGCUGAUUCGCUUCCAGAAGCUUGACAAGCCAAUCUUCACGCCUACCACGAAGGCAGAAGUGGGCCACGAUGAGAACAUGACCAUGGAGGACAUGGAGAAGCUCCUGGGCAAAGAGCUGGCUCAGAAGGCUAUGGAAGCCGCCAUGAAGCUCUUCCAGCGAGGAUCUGAGCUCAUGCGGAAGAGGGGGCUGCUCCUUCUCGACACGAAAUACGAGUUCGGCCUGGAUGACAAGGGGGUGAUCCACGUGAUCGAUGAGGUCAACACGCCGGAUUCGUCGCGCAUGUGCACCAUCGAGGAGUAUGACGCCAAGUACCCCAAGAUAGCGGAAGAGAUGAAGACCGGCAAGUAUGCCAACGUCACAGAGCUGAUGAAGGCGAAGCCUGAGAUGAAGAUGAAAGAGUUCUCGAAGCAGUAUGUUCGAGACGCGCUACUUGAUCUUGGCUUCGACCCCACCAAGGACAAGGCUGCACCAAAGCUCAGCGACGACCAAGUAGUUGAGUGCGCAUACCGGUACAUCAAGAUCUACGAGACGGUGACGGGGAACAAGUUCCAGUUCCCGCCAAAGAUGGCGCCGGAAAAGAGGAUCAUCAGCAACUUGUCGCGAGCUGGCAUGAUCCGGGGUUGCCUUGCACUGCUGACUGUGGACUCUGAUGCUGACAAGAAGCAGGCUGAAACUCUGCAGAAAGAUCUCGAGUCCUUCAAGAUCCCUUCGAGGGUGGUCGCUCUGCCAAAGGAGGAGGUCGCGUUGGAGCAGAUGGUG